CGCUGCUGCUGCCGCCGCCGCUGCCGCCACCGCUGCCGCCUCCUCCUGUAGCCUUUGCAAACGCUUUUGUCUCACACUGGGAGCCAGACUCCUGAGCGGUGCUCAGAGCUGAUCUUGGGAGGGCUGCAUUGUGCCGCUGCUGGGGAGGAACUGCUGGGAGCCUCCAGACAGGAGCUGGCUGCCCCACUGGGCUCAGAUGGCUCCCUGCUAGUCUCACCAAAGCGUAGCUGCUCCGGGCAUUUUUUCCAGGUAGACGUUUGCUCUCUGAUAGAGGCAGGGAGCUGGACCCCCGGACUAAGUCAUCCUUCAGGGACUUAAUGCCUGUCUCCUCUCAGCCCCUCUGCCUUUUUUUUUUUUUUGGUGUUACCGAACUGCUUUUGCUGUCUUCUUCUCCUGGACUGUGGGGUCUGCUCACAGUUAAUUGAGGGCGCUCUGUGGGAUCCCAGAGGUUGCCAGCGAAGUGAAUGAGGAAUGGGAGAACCAAACAUGCAGGUUCCCUUUUGCUUUAGCAAACAGAUUGGCUGCCGUUGGUUCUGAUAAGAUUGUUUUUCCUUCCCGGCCUUUGAGUUCUUGAGGUGCCCGGGGAUUCAGUCCAUGUGUAGUGAAUUGUGAGUGAUUCCGGCCUAUCCCUGCCCCUGCUGCACCUGGAUACGCUGUGGCUUUGCUUCUUUUCCAGCUGCCCAACUUACUCUUGGGUAGUUUGAUGUCUCAGCCAUUAAGCCAAGACAUGAAUGGACAGUGAGGUGUUUGCUUCAUUCACAGGCCAGGGGGUGCCGCUCUCUCUCCCCACUAAGGACCCAUGGAGGUUGUGAUGAAACAGGCCAAGGCACACCUAGACAGAAGGCUCAUUGACAUUCACAACUGGGGCCCCAGAGCAAAGAGGACCUGCAGGCUUGAGCACUUCCCUUCCCUCCUCCUCUUUUGCAUCCCAUGCUGUGCUAGUGCUCCCACCUGGAGGCAGUGAAAUCAACCAACAAGCAGGAAGGCCUUGGAGGACACGUUUGCAUGCCAGCCCUAAGGGAGAGAGAGAAGUGGUAGGCAUGAGACUCCUCCCCUAGGCAUUCUCCCCAGGCCGAGGCUGGCAGCUAGAGCAUCCAUCAUGGUCUUCCCCAGACCCCUGGCCAUCACUUUGUCCUUGUCGGGCCUCAUCCUGCUUGCAUUGCACCUGUCCACUUCCCACAAUGUGUCUGAUGCCCCCAGCAGUGAGCAGCAACUGUGCACCUUGAGGGAACAUCCGAUCAUAGCCUUUGAAGAUCUGAAGCCGUGGGUCUCUAACUUCACCUACCCUGGAGUUCAAGAUUUCUCCCAGCUUGCUCUAGACCCCUCCAGGAACCAGCUCAUCGUGGGAGCCAGGAACUAUCUCUUCAGACUCAGCCUUACCAACGUCUCUCUCCUUCAGGCUACGGAGUGGAUCUCCAAUGAGGAAACACGCAAGUCCUGCCAAAGCAAAGGGAAGACUGAAGAGGAGUGUCAGAACUAUGUUCGGGUCUUGAUUGUGUCUGCCAGGAAGGUUUUCACAUGUGGCACCAAUGCUUUCUCCCCUGUGUGUUCCAGCAGACAGGCAGGGAACCUCAGCCGGACAAUUGAAAAGAUCAAUGGCGUGGCCCGAUGCCCCUAUGACCCGCGACACAACUCCACAGCAGUGAUCUCAGAGCAGGGUGAGCUGUAUGCUGCCACCGUCAUUGACUUCUCUGGCCGAGACCCUGCCAUCUACCGAAGCCUGGGCAGUGGCCCACCUCUUCGCACCGCUCAGUAUAACUCCAAGUGGCUCAAUGAGCCAAACUUUGUAGCUGCUUAUGACAUUGGGCUGUUUGCCUACUUCUUCCUGCGAGAGAAUGCCGUGGAGCACGAUUGUGGGCGCACUGUCUAUUCACGUGUGGCUCGUGUGUGCAAGAAUGAUGUGGGGGGGCGCUUCCUGCUGGAAGACACGUGGACUACUUUCAUGAAGGCCCGGUUAAACUGCUCCCGCCCAGGGGAGAUCCCGUUCUACUACAACGAACUCCAGAGUGCGUUCCAUCUUCCUGAGCAGGACCUCGUCUAUGGUGUCUUCACUACCAAUGUAAAUAGCAUCGCUGCUUCGGCUGUCUGCGCCUUCAACCUCAGUGCCAUCUCCCAGGCCUUCAAUGGCCCCUUCCGUUACCAGGAGAAUCCAAGGGCUGCCUGGCUCCCCAUUGCCAACCCUAUCCCCAAUUUUCAGUGUGGGACCUUGCGAGAUGUUGGCCCCAAUGAGAACCUGACAGAGAGGAGCCUUCAGGAUGCCCAGCGCCUAUUCCUGAUGAGUGAAGUGGUUCAGCCCGUGACCCCGGACCCCUGUAUCACACAGGACAGCGUCCGCUUCUCUCACCUGGUGGUGGAUCUCGUGCAGGGCAAGGACACCCUCUACCAUGUGCUUUACAUUGGCACCGAGUCAGGCACCGUCCUCAAGGCACUGUCCACAGCCAGCCGCAGCCUCCAUGGCUGCUACCUGGAGGAACUGCAGGUGCUGCCUCCUGGGCGUCGGGAGCCCCUGCGUAGCCUGCGCAUCCUUCACAGUGCCCGCGUGCUCUUUGUGGGGCUGACCGAUGGGGUGCUGAGGAUCCCACUGGAGAGGUGCACCACCUACCAUACCCAGGGGGAGUGCCUGGGGGCUCGGGACCCAUACUGUGGCUGGGACGGGAAGCAACAUCGCUGUAGCACGCUGGAGGACAGUGCCAACAUGAGCCUCUGGAUUCAGAAUAUCACAGCUUGUCCAGUGCGGAACCUGACAUGGGAUGGGGGCUUUGGGCCAUGGUCUCCAUGGCAACCCUGUGAACAUGUGGAUGGAGAUAACUCAGGCUCCUGCCAGUGCCGAGCCCGAGCCUGUGACUCCCCCCGUCCCCGCUGUGGGGGACGAGCCUGCCCUGGACCUACCAUCCAUGUUGCCAACUGCUCCAGAAAUGGGGCAUGGACCCCAUGGUCAUCCUGGGCUUUGUGCAGCACCUCCUGUGGGAUUGGCUUCCAGGUCCGACAGCGGAGCUGCAGCAACCCUGCCCCCCGGCAUGGGGGCCGAAUCUGUGUGGGCAAGAGCCGGGAGGAGCGGUUCUGCAAUGAGAAUAGCCCCUGCCCUGUCCCCAUUUUCUGGGCUACCUGGGGCUCCUGGAGCAAAUGCAGCAGCAACUGUGGGGGUGGAGUCCAUUCUAGGCACCGGACCUGUGAAAAUGGGAAUUCCUGCCCAGGAUGUAGUGUGGAGUACAAGACAUGUAACCCUGAGAGCUGCCCAGAGGUACGAAGGAACACCCCAUGGACACCAUGGCUCCCAGUGAACGUGACCCAGGGAGGGGCCCGCCAAGAGCAGCGAUUCCGUUUCACGUGCCGGGCCCCGCUCCCUGACCCUCACGGCCUUCAGUUUGGGAGGAAGAGGACGGAGACCCGCUCUUGCCCUGCAGAUGGCUCUGGAGCUUGCGACACUGAUGCCCUAGUGGAGGAUCUCCUUCGGAGUGGAAAUAAUGCUCCCCAUGUGGUGAGUGGGGGCUGGGCAGCCUGGGGACCUUGGUCAUCCUGUUCUCGAGACUGUGAAUUAGGUUUCCGGACUCGGAAGAGAACCUGCACAAACCCAGAGCCCCGAAAUGGGGGCCUGCCCUGCGUGGGGGAUGUCACCGAGUAUCAAGACUGCAACCCCCAGCCCUGCCCAGUGCGAGGUGCUUGGUCGUGCUGGACCCCAUGGUCCUCAUGCUCAGCCUCCUGUGGUGGAGGCCACUACCAGCGAACACGUUCAUGCACCAGUCCUGCCCCUUCCCCUGGUGAAGAUAUCUGCAUUGGGUUGCACACAGAAGAAGCACUUUGUGCCACGCAAUCCUGCCCAAGUGGCUGGUCAUUGUGGGCUGAGUGGAGCGUAUGUGGUGAGGAUGGAACCCAGAGCCGGAGUCGUCACUGCGAGGAACUUGACCCUGGGACUGCCCCCUGCCUUGGCAAUGGCAGCCAGAUCCGGACCUGCCCAUACAGUGAGAUCCCUGUGAUCCUGCCUGCUUCCAGCAUUGAUGAUGCCACCAGCUGUGGAGGCUUCAGCCUUAUCCAUUUAGUGGCUACUGGUGUUUCCUGCUUCUUGGGCUCGGGCCUCCUGACAUUUGCUGUCUACCUGUCUUGCCAACGCUGCCAACGGCAGACCCAGGAGUCCACGCUUGUCCACCCUACCACCCCCAACCACCUGAACUACAAGAGUGGGGGUGGUGGCACCCCCAAGAAUGAGAAAUAUACACCCAUGGAGUUCAAGACACUGAACAAAAAUAACUUAAUCCCUGAUGACAGGGCCAACUUCUACCCACUGCAGCAGACCAACGUGUAUACAACGACCUACUACCCCAGCUCCCUGGGCAAACACAGCUUCCGACCAGAGGCCUCCCCAGGACAACGAUGCUUCGCCAAUAGCUGAUGAUACCGCCCCUCCGGGGGAUGGGCCUUCAGGCACCUCACCAUCCUGGGUCCCCACCAGGGGUGGACAGUGCAAUUCAUUGGUUUUCUUCUUGGCCACUUGCACUCCCCUCUUGGGGCCCUGCCCGAUGAGCCCUGGGACUAAAAUACUCCCUCAGUGGGGAGGGGAAGGAGUCUGAAACGAGAGUGCUCUGGUUGGAGGGGACCAUGGUGGGAGAGGGUCAGCAUUUUGGCUGGCACGUGGCUGUGACCUCCCAACUCAGCCCAGAGGUUUUGCAGCUGUUCCCCUUACCCACUCACUACCACCCAGCUACAUGCUAGAUAACGCACCCACUAAGGAUGUGAGGAAUUUGGGGAGUUGGGAAUGGGAAGAAGGUGGGAUAUUUUAAUUUUGGCUGAAAUGACUCUUCUUCUGGCCAGUACUGAAAAGAAUAUCCAUAUUUCGCUACAUCAGGAAACAGGCCCCACCCCCAGCCACAGCUAGUUCCAUUUUGGAAAGGAAAUGAAAAAAAAAAUAUAUAUAUAUAUGUAUGUAUCCAAUGGCCCCAAACAAUUUAGGUUUCUCAGCCUAGAGCUGGGCCACAGAGGACCAUAACCCAAGGUUGAGCCUCUGCUCACGAGGUCAGCUAUCGGCCUCUGCCCACGGACACUCAUCUCGCUGGAUCAGCAGUUUUUCUGAACAUCAGUGAAGACGAGGCCUUCCCAAGAGCUGAUCCACCCUCUGGGAGAGAGCCCGACGCCCAGGUCCAGCAUAGGCCUCGGCCUUGCCUUUCUCUUGCCUUCUCCUGGUGUGGGAAGAUGGUGACACAGAAGAGAGGAAGGCUCCAGGCCUCACGCAGACAAGAUGCUGACAGCCUCUCUGGGGAUCAUCUUCCAGUUGCUGCUUAUCAGAGUUUCAGGCUGAGUCCUGGGUAUCUCAGCCUAUUCUACAUCCUUUCAAAAUACACACGAUGAACCUGCUACAGCAAUGACAGUGACAGGCUGUAGCUUUGUUAAUUAAACAUUAUAUCCAGCCUAUAAAUAUAAUUUUCUUUGGGUUGUCAUUUGUGGAAGAGGGGGAUCUUGCGUGCACUUCAUUUUCCAACCCAGUAGUGUGGCAUGAUAGACCUCAGCCUCUGAACGACUGGAGCUCGGUUUUU